AAAGUCGUUGACCUCCAAAAUACAGAAACAACCGGUGCUGCUACAAUAGCUGGAGCUCCCUCUAUCACACCUCAUGGUAUUGAAAUUGCAGUUGAGUUCAAACCAGUUGAACACCCAACUGAGCCUCUACACAAUGAUCGACCAAUUCAAUGUCCAAUACCAGAACCCUCAAUACUGAAUGAUGGAAGAAUAUGGAAGGAGCGAGUGUCUGCAGUGAGAAGAAGGGCAGAUAUUCCAGUUAUGCAGGAAGGAACAACUGCAGAGCCUGAGGCAGCUGGAACAAGACCUAGACCACCCAUGAAUCGUGUUAUUCUUCCGUCAAUCAGCGCGCCUGAACACAGUAUCCUCAAGCUAUUGGAGGAAUCUGGAAUUUAGCUGAUGCAUUGCUGAACCCGUGGCAGAGUACCUCUGUUAUACCAGAUAAACAUGAUGUUUCAUACUUUACUUCUUUCCAAGUUUCUCUCUUGCUUUACAUGAAAUGCUUGUAAUUUUAAUUUUUAAAGGAUACUUCACACAUUUGCAUGUAAAUAUUUUUUCAUACUGAUUCAAAAUUUAAUGUCCAAUUACUUGUUUUGUUGGCUGA